CUCUUCCUCUAUCACGCUGCCCCUCCCACCAUUCACCAUCACCACAUUCUCGUCGGCAGUGACCACCUUUUUGCCGUUCAGAUCUUCCUCCAGUCGUUACGAAAGGCUCAUUGACUCGCAUAUAUCCACCUUCACGCCAGCCCAAUGGUUCAAUAGAAGCAGCAACGGUGAUCACAAACACACACACGCUCCGCCGGCAUGGCUGCACGCCCACCCAAGACUCCUCUUUCGCCGGUCCGGGGGCCCAUCAACCGUUCCAUCUCCUUUCAAGUGCGAUCACCAACAUCAGAACAGUCCAGCAUAGCUUCCACCUCAAUAUCACACGGUAACAAGAUUCCCUUCGUAGAGCACAGCCAUCACAAGUCGACGCCCUUUGUCCCUCCAACAUACCUCGCAUCGCCCCAAGAUGCUACAUCGGAUCGAUUAUCUUCUCGACAGCGUUCUCGAUCUGUUGGAGCAGGAUCCUCAAAGGACAGCGACCUUGGCGGCGAUGACUCUAUCCUCUCUCCGCUUGCUGUGAUGGGAAGAGAAUUGGAUAGGGGUCCGGGCACCCCAGACUUUAUUCUUGGCGCAGCCGGCGCUCCUCGACGCAAUAAAGGCAAAGGGAGGCUAGAAGAGGUCAAGACCGGAGAUGAAAGCAGCGGCAGUGCUAGUAGUGGGGCAGCCUCAUCGUCUCCAUCUGGUCCUACCAAGACGUCACAUACUGCCACUCGGCCGCGCUUGACUACCAGGCUGCGAUCCUUCCUCACCUCCUUCACUGGCAAUCUAGAUGAAGAUGACUUCGCAAGUAGCCAUCCUACCGCUUCCACUUCCAAGCUCCGGGAUAGCAGUGACUCUCUGAGAUCCGAGACACUUCAAAAGGGGGAGGUCAUCGUCGCACCAUUCGCCCGCCCUGCCGCUGCUUUCGGCAAUUUAGGACUCAAUGAUGACUCUCCGCCUCUGACUCCUUCAGGCAGCACGGACGAGGAUUCAUACCCACCGCAAUGGGCUGCAAGGACAAGUCACCCUGCAAGCGCUUCCACGGCAGCUUCGGGGACUUCUGCCUGGCCUCAGGGUUAUGGACAUUCGCGGUCAAUAGGGCCUUCCAGCUCCCGCCUCAGCGCGGGUGCGCCGAACGGCCCAGAUACACCCAACGUCAGCUUUGCUUACGAGGUAGGCGGCUCAAGAUUCCAUCUGCGCUUCAGAUCCCCGAAAGCUCUUGCUGCUGACGCUGCAGCUCUGGUCAAGGCGGGUCUUCAUUCGAGGACGCUGCGUCACAACAUGCCCACGCUUUUGAUGCUCUUGACAGUCUUUGUCUCUGCCACAUUGGUCGUCUUUCUUCUCCUGACAACGCUGCCGCUUCGAAUGCCAUCACACAGUCUGACGCAGCUGUCGCUAGCGGAGAUUCGAGACAUCUGUUUGUCGUUGAGGGACUACGCCACCUCUACUCCGAAGGCGUAUCAUCACACGCUCUUCGUACUGUGCCUGUUCUACACGUACAAACAGGCUUUCAACGUACCCGGCAGCAUCAUCUCCAACGUGGUCUUUGGAGCCCUCUUUGGCGUCUGGAAAGCGACGUUCUGGUUGAGCGUGUUCACUGCAGUUGGUGGAUGCGGAGCAGCGGUGAUGAGCGCAUUGAUUGCUCCUCUCGUGUUGAAGCUGCCUGGGAUGCACAAGGCAGUCGCUAUGAUGAGGAAGGCAUUGGGCAACAAGAAUCUCGGCCGGACGGGGAGGGCGCCAGUCGCAGGUUCUCACCCGCCCAGGAGAAGGAGCCCCAAUUCGUCGAGGAGUGGCACUCCAGGUCUUCCCCAGCGGUCUCAGUCUCCACAUCCAUCACAUAAGCACAAGACGCCUCACAGUGGCUCUCAGAGGAGCGAAGGAAAGGGAAACCUCUUUUCGAUCUUACUGCUGCUGCGCCUGCUCCCGUUCACACCAUACGGAAUGAUGAACAUUGCCUGCGGAAUCCUCAAUGUCCCUCUACUGCCCUUUGCAGCUACCUUGGCGAUGGGGUCUGUCCCUUGGAAUGCUGUGACAGCGCAAUUGGGCGAGAUUUUGGUUGAAGUCGUUGCUGCCAUCCCAGGCGAGAGCAGCCUUGGUGAUGAGUACGCUUCCGCUGCAACAUUGGCAGAGCAGCUCGAUGCUGGCGGCUUCCACGAUGCUCCUCGGCCUUCUGCAAAUGGCUCUGCUGCUGCCUCGACCAAGUCGCGUCUCCUGACCUCGGCAGCACACAAAGCCGGAGGCGGUAUCAAGGUGCUCUUGGCAAAGAUCUGGACCAGAGAGAUGAUCUUCAAGCUGGUGGGUCUAUCGCUGUUGAGCAUCACGCCGGUCUUGCUGGGCAGGUGGUGGAAGGCUCGGCAGGCGAGAAUUGCAAAAGCUGCAAGGAAAGCGCGAUCUCCUGUAUCAGGCCAUGGUAGUAGUGCCCCGCAUUCUUAUCAACAGCAGCAGCGACACUCACCUCAGGCUGAGAUGGCAACGGCUGAUUACGAGGAACAUUUCUUCCCCGCCCCCGUGGCGGGCCCCUCCACCACUUCAGCAGCUGCGGUCCUUGAGUGGUCCGAUGGAGAAUAUGACGAUGAUGAAUCUUCUUCCUCUGAGUACGAGUACGACUCUUCAGAUGAAUUUGCGGCCACUGCCGAGGAGAGCGAAGACACUCCCAUCUCCUCUUCCACUUCCUCCUCUUUGCUCGACAAGGGCUCCUUUGGCAAGAGGAACUCCUUUUUCUCUGCCGCCACGCUUGCCGCCGAGUCCGGACCAGCGUUGAUUGCCCAAUUGACGCGGAGCGCAAGCAGGAAUGGUUGGAAUCGCGGUACCGCUGCCUGGUUUGGAAGUGGAGUCGCAAGCGGCGAACGGAGCAGGAGUCGCAGUCCAAGCGAUAGGUGGAGUCAGGCAAGCGUACCUCUUGCGCACGAGUCGGCAGGGAGCGAGGAGGAAGGUUCGAAGUCCUCAGCUUUUGCUCCAGUGCCGACGUCGAAGUGGGCCGAUGCAGAAGGGUGGGCAGGGCUAGCAGGGAGGCACAACUUUACACCUCAGCUAGAAGCGCAGAACCCUUUCGAUCAGCAACACCAGCACCAGCAGCGCGCUCCUUUCCACCCCUUCUCCCAGUCGCUGCAAGAAGGUACUAGGCUCGGCGAGACGGAUAGGAGCAGUCUCGAGUCGGGUCUACCCCCGGCAUCUGUGCAUCCCUCUCUGCUCGGCGAGCGUGGCGCCCAUACUGGCGCUGGCGGUAGCGGAAUCAGUGAUAUCGGCGGUCAUUCCAGGAGAGGCAGUGCUCAGAAACAUGCCCAGCUUUUGAGCGCGGAGCGGGAUGAUGGAGAAAAGAGGGAGCCGAGGCGAUUUACUGCUGUGGUCAAGUAGAGCAUAUGCGAGACACGUGAACAAGGGUAUGCGGUCAGUCAGUCACUUUGUCACUCAUUGGGGUCCUUGAGGUGGGUUGUUCCUUUUCCUUCAUUGCUUGUAUCAUCAUCAUCAUCAUUUUUGUCAUCACCAUUCUCACCUGUCCUUGUCAUCCCUGAUUUAUUACACUACCCCUUGCAAUCCCCCACAUAUAGUAAUGCUCAACUCGCUUGCGCUGCGCUGCAUAUUGCGCUCCUC